UUGAGUGUUGGACCCUUGCUCUUUCAGGGACCGGUGACCUUCGAGGAGGUGGCUGUGUAUUUCACCAGGGAACAGUGGGCUCUGCUGGACCCGAUUCAGAGAGCUCUCUACAGAGAUGUCAUGCAGGAGAACUAUGAGAAUGUGACCUCGCUGGCAGGGUUUCCUGUUCCCAAACCUGAUGUGAUCUCCCAGCUAGAACGAGGGGCAGAGCCGUGGCUCCUGGAUCUCCAGGGCUCUGAGGAAGGAGAUAUCCUGAGAGCUGCCUGUGCAGCAGGUGCUGGGAUGAUGAGUGAGAAAGAGGAGCAGAAUCCUCAGCAGGAAGAUGCUGAGCACGUGGAAGCACAUGGGGGAUUAUCGCAAGGAUCCCAAGGGAAUGUGUCCAGGCGUCAUGUGCAGGGAAAAGCCUCUGAUUGCCAGCACAGGCCAGAGAGGCAGCAGGGAAACCAGCCAGGUGAGAAACUUGGUAAAUCCAUUAAUUGUCAGGAGACUCACACAGAUCUCAAGGAAAUCACAGCCCAGCAGAGAACGCCCACAGGAGAGAGAAAAAACACAUGCACCGAAUGUGGGAAAGACUUCAGUAGCCACUCAGACCUUAUGAAACAUGAGCGAAUCCACACUGGAGAGAGGCCCUAUGGAUGCGGGGUGUGCGGGAAAACCUUCAGCCAGAGCUCCCACCUUGUUCGGCAUCACAGGAUCCACUCAGGGGAGAGACCCCAUGAGUGCGGCAAGUGCGGGAAACACUUCACUCUGAGCUCCGCUCUGAUUAGACACCAGAGGAUCCACACGGGAGAGCGACCCUAUGAGUGCAGUGAGUGCGGGAAAACCUUCACUGACAGCUCUGCCCUUAUUAAUCACCAGAGGACCCACACGGGAGAGCGACCCUAUACAUGUUGUGAGUGCGGGAAACAGUUCACUCGGAGCUCAGGGCUUAUUAUACAUCAGAGGAUCCACACAGGAGAGAGGCCCUAUGAGUGCUGCAAGUGCGGGAAAAGCUUCACUGUCAACUCAGACCUAAUUAAUCAUCAGAGGAUCCACACAGGAGAGAGGCCCCAUGAAUGCUGCGAGUGCGGGAAAAGCUUCACUCAGAGCUCGGCCCUUAUUAGACAUCAGAGGAUCCACACAGGGGAGCGACCGUAUAAAUGUUGUGAGUGCGGGAAAAGCUUCACUGUCAAGUCAGAUCUUAUUGGACAUCAGAGAAUCCACACGGGAAAGAUCCCCUAUAAAUGCUCUGAGUGCGGGAAAACUUUCACGCAGAGCUCAGCCCUUAUUACGCAUCAGAGGAUCCACACAGGAGAGAGACCCUAUGAAUGCCGUGAAUGCGGGAAAAAAUUCACUGUCAAGUCAGACCUUAAUAGACAUCAGAGGGUCCACACGGGAGAGCGUCCCUAUGAGUGCUCUGAGUGCGGGAAACAGUUCAGUCAGAAAUCAAACCUUAGAGCACAUCAGACAAGCCACACAGGAGAGACACCUUAUCAGUGUUGUGAGUGCGGGAAAGGCUUCAGUGUGAGCUCAGCCCUUAUAAUACAUCAGAGAAUUCACACGGGAGAGAGACCCUAUCGAUGCUCAGUGUGCAGGAAAAGUUUCAUCCGCAGCUCACACCUGAAUAGACAUCAGAGUCUCCACUGGAGAGAGAGACAGCAUCAAAACUUUGUUGAUCUUAUGGCAGGGUUUCCUGUUCCCAAACCUGAUGUGAUCUCUCAGCUAGAACGAGGGGCAGAGCCGUGGCUCCUGGAUCUCCAGGGCUCUGAGGAAGGAGAUAUCCUGAGAGCUGUCUACGCAGCAGGUGCUGGGAUGGUGAGUGAGAACGAGGAGCUGAAUCCUCAGCAGGAAGAUGCUGAACAAGUGGAAGCACACGGGGGAUUAUUGCAAGGAUCCCAAGGGAAUGUGUCCAGGUGUUGUGUGCAGGGAAAAGCCUGUGAGAGUCAGGACAGGCCAGAGAGGGAGCAGGGAAUCCAGCCCAGGGAGAAAGUGGGCAAUUCCAUUAAUUGUCUGGGGACUCACCAUAACUCCAAGGAAAUCACAGCCCAGCAGAGAAUACCCACAGAAGAGAGAAAAAACACAUGCACUGAGUGUGGGAAACAUUUCACUCUGAUCUCCAUCCUCAUUAGACAUCAGCGGAUCCACAUGGGAGAGCGGCCCUACAAAUGCUGUGAGUGCGGGAAACAGUUCAGGGAGAAAUCAAACUUUGUUACACAUCAGACAAGCCGCACAAGGGAGAGACCCUAUGAGUGCUGUGAGUUCAGGAAAAGCUUCACUCGGAGCUCUACCCUUACUAGACAUCAGAGGAUCCACACAGGAGAGCGACCCUAUACAUGCUGUGAGUGCGGGCAAACGUUCGCUCAGAGCUCAGCCCUAUUUAACCAUGAGAAGAUCCACACAGGAGAGCGCCCCUACGAAUGCUCUGAGUGCGGGAAACAAUUAAUUGAGAAAUCAAAAUUUAUCAAACAUCAGACAAGCCACACGGGAGAGAAACCCUAUGAAUGUUGUGAGUGUGGGAAACAGUUCAGUGAGAAAUCAAACCUUACUAAACAUCAGACAAGCCACACAGACCAUAGACCCUAUGAGUGCUGUGAGUGCGGGAAAAGCUUCACUCGGAGCUCAUCCCUUAUCAGACAUCAGAGGAUUCACACAGGAGAGAGACCGUAUAAAUGCUGUGAGUGCAGGAAAAGCUUCGCUUUCAAAUCAGAUGUUAAUAAACAUCAGAGGGUCCACACGGGAGAGCGCCCCUAUGCAUGCUGUGAGUGCGGGAGACAGUUCAGUCAGAAAUCAAACCUUAGCGCACAUCAGAGAGGCCACGCAGAGCAGAGUCCCUAUGAGUGCUGUGAGUGUGGGAAAAAAUUCACUCAGCGCUCAGGCCUUAUUAAUCACCAGAAAAUCCACAUGGGAGACCACCCCUAUACAUGCUCUGAGUGGGGGAAACAGUUCAGUGAGAAAUCAAACGUUAUUAAACAUCAGACAGGCCACACAGGAGAGAGACCGUAUGAGUGCUGUGAGUGCGGGAAAAGGUUCACUCAGCGCUCAGGCCUUAUUAAUCACCAGAGAAUCCACACGGGAGAGCGCCCCUACACAUGCUCUGAGUGCGGGAAAAAGUUCACUCAGAGCUCAGGCCUUAUUAAACAUCAGAGGAUCCACACGGGAGAGAGACCCUAUGGAUGCUUUGAGUGCAGGAAAAGCUUCACUUUUAAAUCAGACCUUAUUAAUCAUCAGAGAAUGCACACGGGAGAGCGACCCUAUGUAUGCUGUGAGUGUGGGAAAAAGUUCACUCAGAGCUCAAGUCUCAUCAGUCAUCAGAGGAUCCACCCAAGAGAGUAGCCUGUGAAUGUGGGAAAAGUUUCAUCCGGAGCUCACACCUUAAUAGACAUCAGCGAUGUCACAGGAUAGAGACACACCAUAAACACUUUGUGUAGGGCAGAGAAAAGAUUGUUUUAAAGCCAUUUGCUAAUUCCCACACAGGGACUUUUUAGGGCUGUUUGCACCAUUUGCAUCACACUGUUCUCUCAGCUCCCCCAGGUGAGUUGCCUGCUUUUCGUUUUGCAGGUCGCCCUUCUCUGGAGUGAAUCCUGUGGUCCUUUCUACCAACUUCUUUCUAAUGUGAGUCAUCAUGGGAGUGUCUCUCUCCUGCCAGGAGUGUCCAUCAGCCCAGGGGUGGGAAAUAGGAGUGACCUCAAGUAGCUAAAUUGAGCAAAAAUCGACCUGGGCUUUGCCUCCUCUAGGAUUUUCCAUGGAGUCGGCCUGCUGGAGGUAGCUACCCUAAUGUAAACACCCUGCUAGAUGUGCCGUGCUGACAUAGCCCAGGCACAGGGGUUGGGGUUAGCUAGCACCUUCCCCUUUGACCUGUCCUAAUCAACAACAAUUUUCAUACUCAAGACAAGCCUUGAGCAUCACAUUUAUACUCUCACCGCACUAGCAGAGCGAUUGUUAGAGUCACCAAGUUCCCCCUUUGGUGACAGAUUGUCUCAUCCCCAGUUGUUCUCACGCUGGUCCAGGUUGUGCUGGGCAGUGGGUUGUUUGUUUUUUUCCCCAUUUUCCUCAUUUAAAAUCUAUUUCAAUAUAACAAAGAGGAGGAGCAGGACUGGGACAAAUGUAUCAUUUCAGCCUCUGCGACACGGGAAGGAAAGGGGGUGAGUCGGCGGGAUUACCUCCUUCCCCAUCGCCGUCACUAGGCCCGCUCACUCCAGCAGCGCUGGCGUCUGUCUGAGCCACAAUGGAGUUUAUCCACCUCUGUUCUACCCCUCCACCUCCCACAAAGUCUCUGCACUUCAUAGCAAAUUGAUCCUAAAUCCGACUCGUUAGGGCUGGAGAUGGAAGUGUCCCAGACCUGGAUGGGGAAUUUCUGUGGAUCCCAAACACAGUGUGAACAUUCCGAGUUUAAAUCCCAGUUUCUGUCUAUUGACAAAGUCACUUCUGGACAUUUCCCUGCUGAGCUGGGAUUGUUUGCACAUGAGAAACUCAGCAGUUUUUCCUUAUUACGACAAUGCUAAUUUUUGUUGUUGUCAAUAACACGACUCCAUAAUAAUGUGGAGUGAAGCCAGUUUGAAUGGCUCAGAGGAGAAAGUGAUGGGGGAAUCUGCUCUCCUGAUUUUUGAUUCAUCCGAUGGAACCUGCUCUGGAAUUUAAUUUUAUAUAAAAUUGAACAUGACUUAUACAGAGCUAGUUGAGUGGUGUUAAGAAUAGUUUAGAUUUAGU